AGUACGAAUGCGACUUUCGAAAGAUACUCAACAAACAACCGACGUUUUUCUCAAACCGAAACUCGAACGAACGAACGGAUUUUCAACGGUUUUUCAAUGACUGUUUAUGGUCUGGUACGCAACAUAUAAACCCAAUGGUUCUUAAGUCGUUAUUUCAAGUGGAUGAAAGUUGUUGCGAGUACAUCCAAUUGAUACAGUUGUUAAUUAGUGGCGUUAAUUUUCAAUUACAUCACACUUGUAAACACCAAUUUCAUUAAAUGUAUUUAUUUUGGCACGUUUUUUUUCAUGCUCGGUUAUUCUGAUUUCGAUACCACAUCACACGAUAUUUCAGUCUGAAAUGAAAUGCUAGUGCAAUACACUCGUGAAAUGUUCUUAUUUCAUUGAUUCACUCGUUUUAUUUGUGAUUGAAACUGUUUAAAAUCGCCAAUCAUUUUCAUAAAUUACUCGAAGCUUGAAUCAGUAAUCGACAGUGAAGAUUUUAUGUGCAUUAUGAUUAAAUUAUUUGAAUAAAAAUAAUAAACAUUUUAAUAAACAAGCGUGAUUUUCCAACUGAUUCAUCCGUUGAACAAAUGAGACGCAUCUGUGAAUUUAACGAUGCUAUUAAUUAAUUGAUCCAAAACAAGCACAUCGAAUAUAUCGACGAAGUUAGAUAAAAAGAAAGAAACACGCUAAGCUAAGAAAAAUAAAACUUAAGUGACAAACUUAUCGGAAUAAGAACGUACUAAUAAACCCGAGGAUAAAACGAUUAAAAAACGCGAAUUUUUCGUUUUUUUCGAUUUCAAGUACAUUGAACAUUCUAAUAAUUAUCGAUGACAAUGAACUAUACUCUAUAUUUUGAAAAAACGUCUGAUUAUAACUUCAUUAAAAAGCAUCGACUGUGACAAGAACUUUACUAAAAAAAACAGUAGCUAUAUACUUAACAAAACUAAAUAAUUACUAAGAACAAAAAAAAAACGAGAUAACGAACGGAACGCGAAACAAUAAAAGCCUUUAAUUUGUGAGUUAAGAGAAGAAAAAAGUGAAUCGAAGUAACGAUCACCAUUACGAUUGGAUUCGUUGGAGUCUGUUUAGUUUGUAGAAGAAGUUUUACAUCUGUAUCUUAACGCGCCCAUGGCAAUUCAUCGAAACUGAAAUACAAACACACACGUAAAAGAGCGAACAGACACGAAAAAAAAUUGAUCACAAAAAAGAGCGUUUAAUUGCAAAUCAGUACUGCAUCGACAACGUAUACACGAAAACGCAGCGAGUGGGAAAACACACGUUUUCGUUACGAAACUCGCAACAACAACAAAAAAACGAAAGAGAAAAACGUACAUUGCUAAACGAACGGAGUGUGGCAGGAGGGAAAAACUUGCAUUUUCUCUCAAUUCUCAUUGUGUACUUUGGGUCUGAGUGUUUCAUUCUUAAUUUUACAAAAGCAUCAAAAAGUUCCGAUCAUUCACCAAAUGAAGUACAAUUGAUACAAUCGCAUGUCAAUUGGCUCAUCUGUCGCUAUGUUAUCAAUAAUGGACAAUAAUACAAUUGAUUUGUUGCUUAAUAGUCAAUUAAUUGCUCAGUAGAGAAAUAACCAUUCAAUCAACGACAACCUAAAUAAAAAUCAACCGCAUACACAUUGGUACUUUGGGAAAAGGCAUUGAAAGCAUAUAUAACCGAACUGAACAGCAGCAACGACUCAAACCAUCAUUACUGCCGACAACAAAACCUAUUGUCUAAGAAAAACCACAGCAAAAAUUAUCGACCAAUUUCGCUGAUAGUGAGAACGCGUCAAAUUAGCCGAGAUAUAGCUUGAACAAAAAUAACGAAUUCAAAUGAACUUUGUCUAAUCGAACGGCAAAAACUGAACAAGACUAUCAGCAUCAGUAUCAAUAUCAACAACAUCGUCGACAACCACAGAAACAAAGGCGAAAAAAAAAAUAAACCACUGGCCAUACAUCAAGAAGCAUCUAUCGUAAAUUCGAAAUGCAAACAAUGGCAAGCAUGAGUUGGAAGUCGAUCGGGUGGCCGUCGAUUUGUUUGAUGAUCCUCCAUUUAUUCAGUAUAUGUACAUGUCUAAAAGAUUUGAAAAUUUAUGUGCCCGAAGCAGUUGCUCUCGGCGAUGCAGUGACUCUAUCCUGUUAUUACAACUUAGAAAAUGCUUCAUUGUAUUCGGUUCGUUGGUAUCUGGAACAAGAGGAAUUUUAUCGAUUCGUACCAAAAGAAUCGCCUCCAUCGAGAGUAUUUGCUGUUGCCGGUAUCUCUGUUGACUUAACAAAAUCCAAUGAGCAUACGGUGACAUUGCGUUCGGUGUCCAGAAUCAUCUCCGGAAAAUAUCAAUGCGAAGCAUCGGCUGAUGCGCCACUUUUUCAUACCGAGACCAGUACAGCUAAAAUGCUUGUCGUUGAAUUACCUUCGCACAAUCCUGUGCUCACCGUGUCUAAUAACAACAGUAAAAAUGGUAUUGCAAUCGGUGAAUUAUUGAAGGCAACUUGUAUCAGUUCACCAUCUCAUCCGCCGGUGAAUUUCACAUGGACCAUAAAUGGAAACAUAUGGCCGUCGAGCAAUGUGGGCUUGAGAUCGAUGCAAACCAUCGAGAUGAAUACAGUGAUACCAAACAAUGAUUCCGAUGCGAAUGCAAAAGAGGCAUGGUCGGAUAUGAUUGUUCGCAUCGAAAAUCACAUGCUCAUUCCGGACAAUCGCAAGAUUUUGAUACGUUGUGAAACGAACAUUUUCAAUUUAUAUCGUGGCGCUGUUGAAGCUGAACUUAAAAUCAGCGAUGAUUCGAUUUGGUUGCAUGGCGGCAAAGUAAGCCCAACGACACAAUUAACAGAUCCACGAAGCAACAGUGGUGGAAAUGGCGGUAGCAGCAGCAGCAGCAGUACUUCAAAAAAUGGCGGUGAUCCAGAUAAUUCUGCGUUACAGGCUGGCGCGGGCUAUCGAUUGAAUACAUCCUAUAUUUUAUUGCAACUUGUUUUUUUGCUUCUUAUCACACCGCUGGCACUAUCGUAAAAGCAAUGAACAUUCAACCGUAUACAUGCCCCCGAGUAAUGUUUAAUGUCGAACGACUGUGUCCACCGGUGUCGGUCAUACUGGACCAUUAUUUUUGGCACCAAAACAACAAUUACGACAAAUAAUUUAUUUUAUUACACUUGAAAUCUUCGAUUUGUGAUUACACAAACACGAAUACGGAAUACCAUUUCUUAAUCAUGUCAGUUUUAUGCGCUAAACAACCAUGAUCAUACUAAACUAACAACUAAAAUAGCAACAACAAAAAUCCUCUUAUAUUUUCAUAUUCCCGAACGGCACGAAAAAUAAUAAAAACAAAAUAUUUAACCAUUUAUUUCAUUUAUUUGCUAGGAUUGAUGGCUAGGAAUUUAUACAUUAAAAUCCCAUAAGCGUAAGUUGUAAGUAUGAUAUAAGUUAACUGUCACAACAGCUCCGCAAUACAUAUUUGAUCAGAGCAUAUACUAAGCAUAGAUAUAUAUC